GCCAAGUGGCUCAAUAGUGUAGAUAUUGAUUUUGGGGUUCAAUUCCCGAGAUUGAGUAUGCGUACAGUUCAUGGUUUCGUGCGUAGUUUGAAGGUUGAGCCACACGAUCUCUUAGGCCUAGUUGCUGUUUUUUUGUCCCAACACAGUGGUAUCGUCAGGACCGAAUUGGAGGGGAAAGAAGUUGGCGUAGUCAUAAGGGAUAGCAAUAUCCAAGAGAAAUUUGUUCGAAUUGCAGGGAUUCCACAGAAUCUAGACUUGGGAGUAGUUCAGACACGUCUAAAGAACUUUGGGAAUGUAAUUGAAGCUCGGUGGGUACGCUAUCGGGUGGCAGAGGAUGAAGUUUUAUACCCUGUCCUUGCCACUUGGAUGAUCGUACGAAUGACGGUGACGAAAAACAUUCCGUCAUACAUUACAAUUGGCAGUUAUCGUGCCAUGGUAAAGUAUGACGGACAAAAGCCUACUUGCAGACUUUGUGACGAUGAGACCCACUUUAGCUACAACUGCCCGACAUUAAAACGAAACCAGGAACCCACCAUUGUCCAAAAACCUGUUCCCAAAAUGACUAAAAAGACAGAGACCAUUAAACAGAAUCCCGUAGUAAUUCCCUUAGCUAAACAUUCCUUGGUUUCCAAGGUACCUUUGGAGGGUGAAUUGCAAGAUUCACCCUCAGGAGGGACUCAAAAUUUGGAAACUGAAACCAUGGAAUGUAGCACUCUUACCAGUUCCUUGACUGUACCUUCUGAAGACAACCCUUCGAAACCAAUUAUGAAAUCCCAAAUGACAGCCCCUGACACAGAGACACAAGACCAAGAACCAAUGACAAUUAUAAUGGAAUCGAUGGAACCCGACAUGGGGGAAAUUGAGACCAUGGGACCUGACAAAACAAAGGACCCCCUGAGAAUUCCCACGGUACCACGAAACAAACGCUUCAAACCUACUUUGACGGCCCAGAAUUCUAAACCUUCCUCAGGCAUUCACCGACUCAUAAAAACCUAA